UGUAAUUCUUUCAUAUUCUCUCCAACCAAACCAAAACCAAACCCCCCCAUCGCUUUCUCUCUCUACCAAAGAUUCUAGAGAGAGAAAAAACAUACACACACAUAGAAUCAGUGAGUGAAAGAAGCAAGACAGUUGAUCAGUUUUCUUGUCAUCAAAGAACCAAACUGAAACAAGGGAAUUUUGAAUCUGGUUUCUUUGUAAAGUUGUAAGCUUGCUGGUUAUUAUAAUGGAUACAAGAAGAUUACUCGAGAAUAAUGGAGACACUUUAUAUCUAAAUUCUGGAAUUGGGUUUCUUUGGUGUCCCAGAGAUGAUAAUUUAUCACAAACUGGAAGCUUCUUUGCAAGUGUAGGUCAGAUGGGUAAAGGUGGUUUUGGUGGGGUUACCCAUAAUUCAAAAAACACUAAUGAGUCCAGUGGUGUGAAACUUCCAUAUUCAUCGAAGUUUGUUUCGACCCCUGAAUCCACCUUUCGGGUUGUUGGAGUACCAGAAGUUGAGGUGGAGGAGGAAUUGGUUGGAGGGUUAAAGAAGAAGAAAAAAGGUGGGUUGAAGUUGAAAAUAAAGAUCGGGAAUCCGUCGUUGAGGCGGUUAAUUAGUGGGGCGAUAGCGGGGGCGGUUUCGAGGACAUCGGUUGCACCAUUGGAGACGAUAAGGACUCAUUUGAUGGUUGGGAGUUGUGGGCAUUCUUCAACAGAAGUUUUUCAAGAUAUUAUGAAAACUGAAGGUUGGACAGGGCUUUUUAGGGGUAAUCUGGUUAAUGUCCUUCGGGUUGCGCCUAGUAAGGCAAUCGAGUUAUUUGCUUAUGAGACGGUAAAGAAAAGUUUGGCUCCUAAGCCUGGAGAACAAGUAAAAUUACGUGUACCCGAGUCAUUCGUUGCCGGUGCGGUUGCUGGAAUUAGCUCUACCAUAUGCAUGUACCCUCUUGAGUUACUCAAAACCCGACUCACUGUUCAGAGGGGCGUGUACAAGAAUCUUGUAGAUGCAUUUGUCAGGAUCAUAAAAGAAGAAGGACCUGCAGAACUUUACCGGGGUCUAACCCCAUCCCUAAUUGGUGUUAUCCCAUAUGCUGCCACCAACUAUUUUGCAUAUGACACAUUACGUAAAGCAUACAAGAAAGUCUUGAAAAAAGAAGAUAUAGGCAACAUUGCAACUUUGCUAAUCGGGUCAGCAGCCGGUGCUAUCUCGAGCAGUGCAACUUUCCCACUUGAAGUAGCUCGAAAACAUAUGCAGGCAGGUGCAAUUAAUGGUAGAGUGUAUGAUAACAUGUUGCAUGCAUUGCUAAGCAUUCUUGAAAAAGAAGGUGUUCAAGGGUUGUAUAGAGGUUUAGGGCCAAGUUGUAUAAAAAUUGUGCCGGCUGCUGGAAUUUCGUUCAUGUGUUAUGAAGCGUGCAAGAAGAUAUUGGUCGAGAAAGAAGAUGCCGAGUCAUAAGAAAGGUCUCUUUUUUGUCUUGUUAUAUCUUUGAAAUGUUAGGUUUUUGAAUUGAGAAUAAAGAAUAUUGAAGCCUUUUUUGGCUGUGUUAGAUGAGAUUUUCAGGGCAUGAUUCUCGACAACUUAGAUUAUUUUGAAGAGAUACAAGUUUUGGUUUCAA